AUGGUUCAAAUUUAUGUGGACAACAUCAUUUUUGGAUCUACAGAUUCAUCAAUGGUUGCUGACUUUGCUAAACUUAUGAUCUAUCGAUUCCAAAUGAGCAUGAAUCGGGAGUUAAGCUUCUUUCUUGGUCUCCAAGUCAAACAGACUAACAGAGGAUUUUUCAUUCACCAAGAGAAGUACAUUCCAGAACUCCUCAAAAAGUACUCAAUGGACACCUAUGCCUCAACCAAAGUACUAAUGGACUUCGGACACAAGAUCUUUGCCAACCCUUCAGGUGUAGCAGUUGAUGAAAAAAAGUACAGAGGAAUGAUUGGAUCUCUGCUCUAUCUCACAACAAAUCGUCUGGACAUCAUGUUUGAAACAUAUUUGUGUGCCAGAUUUCAAGUCAACCCUAAGAUGUCUCAUCUCUUGGCUAUGAAACAAAUUUUCCGAUAUCUCAAAGUUACAAAGGGUCUCGGAAUCUGGUACCCGGCAAGUGAGAGCUUCCUACUUCAAGCGUAUUCAGACUCAAACUAUGGUGGUCUUCAAUUGGAUAGAAAAAGCACAUUAGGUGGAUGUCAAUUCUUAGGUGGUGGUUUGGUUAGUUGGUCAUUCAAGAAACAGAACUGCAUUGCACUCUCUACAUCCGAAGCUGAAUACAUUACUGCUGCCAGCUGUACCUCUCAAUUUCUAUGGAUAAAGUCUCAACUUUUGGAUUAUGGUUACCUCUUUUAA